AUGGCGCAAAAGACUACCCUCCAGGAAUUUGAGUCCGUCUUCCCCAAGCUGGAGAAGGUGCUUCUCGAGGCGGCCGAGUCCUACAAACUUCCCACCCAGGCCCUUGACUGGUACAAGAAGUCCCUCCAAGUCAAUGCCGUCGGUGGAAAAUGCAACCGCGGCAUGUCGGUGCCCGACUCGGUGUCGCUGCUGCUCGGCCGCGCCCUGACUGAGGACGAGUACUUCCAGGCGGCGACACUAGGGUGGAUGACCGAGCUGCUGCAGGCGUUCUUCCUGGUGUCGGACGACAUCAUGGACAGCAGCAUCACGCGCCGCGGCAAGCCAUGCUGGUACCGCCAGGAGGGUGUGGGCAUGAUCGCCAUCAACGACGCCUUCAUGCUCGAGACGGCCAUCUACACCCUGCUCAAGAAGUUCUUCCGCUCCCACCCACGCUACGUCGAUUUCCUCGAGAUCUUCCACGAGGUCACCUUCCAGACCGAGAUCGGGCAGCUCUGUGACCUGCUCACCGCCCCUGAGGACGUCGUCGACCUCGACAACUUCAGCAUGGAGAAGUACCGCUUCAUCGUGGUCUACAAGACCGCCUACUACAGCUUCUACCUGCCCGUCGCGCUGGCCUUGUACCAGUUGGACCUCGCCACGCCGGAGAACCUCAAGCAGGCCGAGAACAUCCUGAUCCCGCUCGGCGAGUACUUCCAGGUCCAGGACGACUACCUCGACAACUUUGGCCUGCCGGAGCACAUCGGCAAGAUCGGCACGGACAUCAUGGACAACAAGUGCUCGUGGCUGGUCAACCAGGCCCUGGCCAUCGUGACCCCGGAGCAGCGCCGCAUUCUCGAGGAGAACUACGGCCGCAAGGACUCCGCCAAGGAGGCCGUCGUCAAGAAGCUCUACGACGACCUCAAGCUUGAACAGCGCUACCGCGACUACGAGGAGAGCAUCGUUGCCGACCUACGCGCUCAGAUCGACCGCAUCGACGAGGCUAAAGGCCUCAAGAAGGGCGUGUUUGAGGCGUUCCUUGGCAAGAUCUACAAGCGCAGCAAGUAA